AUGCAGGGCCUCAAACGUUUGCAAGAAGCCAUCGAAAGGCACCGUGAGAACAAGGACAUCAACAUCAAAUACAAGACGCCCCUCACGAGUAAGUCAACUUCUCCCACUGCCAAGCACCAUUCCAACUACAACGCGCCCCCGCUCUCAACACACCUACAUACCUGGGUGACGAGCAAGCCAUCGACGAUGCCUGUAACCCAAUUCGCUGUAACCGAUCCGUACGAAUAUCAGAAUGGGUUCGGGGGGUACAAAGAGACUGAAGCGAUAGAAGGAGCUUUGCCGCUGGCGGCCAACUCGCCACAAAAAUGCCCCUAUGGUCUUUACAAUGAGAAGCUGUCUGGUAGCGCCUUUACUGCUCCUCGCGACAACAAUCUGCAGACAUGGCUCUACCGCAUCCUGCCCUCUGCGAGCCACCAGAAUUUCGAACCCGUACCCUCAUCUUCCUCCCAGUCAUUGACAUCUCCCACGCCGAGUUUCGGCACGCAUUUCAACGCCAUCCCCAAUCAACUACGUUGGGAUCCAUUUGACUUUGAUAAAGAGGUGUCAUGGAUCCAUUCACUUCAUUUGGUCGCCGGCGCGGGCGACCCGACCAUGAAACAAGGACUUGGCAUCUACAUUUAUGCUGCAGGCACCUCGAUGCCGGAGAAGACAGCCUUCUACAGCGCCGACGGUGACUUCUUGAUUGUUGCACAGCAUGGAGUUCUCGACAUUCGAACCGAGCUUGGCAAGUUGCUUGUGAGACCGAAUGAAAUUGCCGUCAUCCCUCGGGGAAUUCGCUAUCAUGUCGCGCUACACAACAAUGAGCCUGCUCGAGGAUACAUUCUGGAACUGUACCAAGGCCACUUCCAUUUACCAGAGCUGGGCCCCAUUGGGUCCAAUGGUCUCGCCAAUGCGCGUGACUUUCAAAGUCCAGUCGCCGACUUCAUUGAGGACUAUGAGAACACCGAGUGGACGCUGUACAGCAAAUUUGGAGGUAACCUGUUUUCGGCCAAACAGAAUCACACUCCGUUCGACAUUGUUGGCUGGCACGGCACUUUCUAUCCUUACAAGUAUGAUCUUGGGCGAUUCAACCCCGUUGGAAGUAUCUCCUACGAUCACCCGGAUCCAUCUAUUUUUACCGUUCUUACUGCCCCGUCGAUUCCGCAUGGUGCGGGGACGGCCGUGGCAGAUUUUGUCAUAUUCCCACCGCGCUGGCUGGUUCAAGAGAACACAUUUCGACCGCCAUGGUAUCAUCGUAACACGAUGAGUGAGUUUAUGGGUCUCAUCCAGGGCAACUACGAUGCCAAAGGAGCGGGCAAAGGAGGGUUUCAACCUGCGGGAGCGAGUUUACACAAUACGAUGAGUGGACAUGGACCAGACAUGCAGACGUUUGAGAAGGCGUCGACAUCCGAAUUACCACCAACCAAAGUUGGAGAGGGGAGCAUGGCGUUUAUGUUUGAGACUUGCCUCAUGCUUGGGGUUACGGAAUGGGGAUUGAAGAAAUGUGCCAAAGUACAAGAAGAAUACAAUGCGCACAGCUGGGAACCACUCAAGGUGCACUUCAAACGACCCGAGAAGUCGCGUGGGGUGAGCAAUGGAGAGAAAAAGAACGGCAUGGGGGACGCUAAAGAUCAGAGCAGUGUGCAUGCUCUUAGAUGA